CCGUGACCGUGGCAAGGCACAGACCCCGCAGACCCGCCCAGUCUCUUGCUCGGGAUGCUGGCCGAACGGUUAAAUGGGGAUAAAUAGGAUAUGGGUCCUGUUUCCGACAUCCACGCGCCCGGGUCGGCCAGCAGGCCGGGGCGCUUGAAGACUAGCGAGCGAUCCAAGAGCAUCCGCUGCGGGACUGCCCAGGACAUCGGCGUCUCCAGACGGGAAUCUCUUCACAGUAUAUAGCCCGUGGGAGUUCCUCAGUCAUCGUAGAACUGCCCUCUAGACAGUACACUCUUCGCGUCGCAUCUUCCUCCUUCGCCGCGUGCCCCUCCUCCCCACCGCACCCCGCGACUGUCUGCCCCACUACUCCAGCCCACACCCCGUCACCAUGGCGCCUCUCAUCACGCACAUCUACACGGCCGACCCGUCGGCCCACGUGUUUGAGGGCAAGAUCUACGUCUACCCGUCGCACGACCGCGAGACCGACAUCCAGUUCAACGACAAUGGCGACCAGUACGACAUGGUCGACUACCACGUCUUCAGCACCGAGUCGCUGGACCCGGCCGCACCCGUCGUCGACCACGGCGUCGUGCUCAAGGCCGAGGACGUGCCCUGGGUGUCCAAGCAGCUGUGGGCUCCCGACGCCGCCUACAAGGACGGCAAGUACUACCUGUACUUCCCCGCCCGCGACAAGCAGGGCAUCUUCCGCAUCGGCGUGGCCGUCGGCGACCGGCCCGAGGGCCCCUUCGUGCCCGACCCGGAGCCGAUCAAGGGCAGCUACAGCAUCGACCCGGCCACCUUCGUCGACGACGACGGCCAGGCGUACAUGUACUUCGGCGGCCUGUGGGGCGGCCAGCUGCAGUGCUACCAGAAGGGCAACGACGUCUUCGACCCCUCCUGGCAGGGGCCCAAGGAGCCGUCGGGCGCGGGCGCGCGCGCCCUCGGCCCGCGCGUGGCCAAGCUGGCGGACGACAUGCGCCAGUUCGCCGGCGAGGUGCGCGAGGUGGUGAUCCUGGCGCCCGAGACGGGCGAGCCGCUCGCCGCCGACGACCACGACCGCCGCUUCUUCGAGGCCGCCUGGAUGCACAAGUACGGCGGCAAGUACUACUUCAGCUACUCGACCGGCGACACCCACUACCUGUGCUACGCCGUCGGCACCAGCCCCUACGGGCCCUUCACCUACCGCGGCCGGAUGCUGGAGCCCGUGCUCGGCUGGACCACGCACCACUCCGUCGUCGAGUUCCAGGGCCGCUGGUGGCUGUUCCACCACGACUGCGAGCUGAGCAACGGCGUCGACCACCUCCGCUCCGUCAAGGUCAAGGAGAUCUUCUACGAUGCCGAGGGCAACAUCGUCGGCGAGAAGCCGGAGUAAGAUGAUGUGGGGUGCUGUGUGCUGUUGUACUGUGUAUAGGACAAAAAAAAUAAGGAUAAGAUGUAUGCGCCCUCCUCCUGCCCUCGACAUUUCCCCUAUGACUGGUCCACUCGUAGCGUCCAGAGCCCGCCGGUCCA